CCCCCCCCUCCUCGCCCCGCCCGCUUCCCGGUAACGGCGCGGGCUCGAGCCCCUCUCGGUAGCCCCGCCCCUCCCGCGGCAGCACCGGGGGCCGCUCCUUUCCCUCUCCCUUCACAUGACGGGAGCGGCACCGGCGGCCGCGUCUCGCUUCCGGGUGCGGGGUCACGUCGAGCGCGACCCCGUGGCGUCACCGCGCGCGUGCGUCACGGAGCCGGGCCGGAAGUGGUGGAGAUUGGGCCGGGGGGAAAACCGGGAGCCGCAGGGCCGCCUCGGUACCGGAGCACAGAGCCGGGGGUCUCCUGGGCGAUGGCCCGGCCGCACGAGGGUUGAGCGCUGCGGGAAACCUCUGGGGGCCUCCGGCACCCGCAGCCCUCGGCGGCGGGGCACCGAGAGCUACCGGAGCUACGGGCGGCGGGGACACCGGUCCGGCGGGGGUGCCGGGCCCGCUGAGCAGGUGCGGUGCGGCGGCCCCUUUAAGUCCGCGGCGCGCCGCCCUCGACGCGUCGAUGAGGAGCGUCGGCGUCACCCAAUGGCGUCGGCGGGGAGGGAGGCAGCGGUCCAAUGGGAGCGCGGGGGCGGGGCCAACGGCCUCGGGUUCGCGGGUCGCUGCUCUCCCUGCUCUGCCACGAUGGCUUCCGGCGGGGAGGAGACGAGCGGCGGCUCCCCGGGUCGGGCAGGCGGCGGCACCGAACCGCCCGGCCCGGAACCGGCCGCGGUCGGCGCCGCUCAGCUGGACGGCGCGGAGGAUUUCGAGGUUCUGGAGGAGGACGAGGACGACCUGAGCGAGCUGCCACCGCUGGAGGACGUGGGACGGGCACGGGGACCAGUGCUGGAGAACGCCCAGUCCUCAGAGCGAGGCCAAGGAGAAGCAGCUGAAGACCCCCAGGAGUGGCUCGAUGUCUUGGGGAGCGGCUUGCUUAAGAAGAAGACACUCGUGCCAGGUCAGGGGGUGGAGAGCCGGCCCCGCAAGGGCCAGGAUGUGACUGUCCGUCUGAGGGCCAUGCUGGAGGAUGGCAGUGUGGUGGAGGAGAACCCCAGCCUCACCUUUACCCUGGGAGACUGCGACGUAUUGCAGGCUCUGGACCUCUGCGUACAGCUUAUGGAGAUGGGAGAAACGGCUUUGAUUAUGUCAGAUGCCAAGUACUGCUACGGUGUACAGGGCAGGAGCCCUGACAUCCCACCCAACGCAGCACUCACACUGGAGGUGGAGCUGCUGGAGGCUCGGGAUGCACCAGACCUGGAGCUGCUCAGUGGGAAGGAGAAGAUAGGCCUGGCCAACCGCAAGCGGGAACGAGGCAACUUCUACUACCAGCAGGCAGAUUAUGUGCUGGCCAUCAAUUCCUACGACAUCGCUCUCAAAGUCAUCAGCUCCAGCUCAAAAGUUGAUUUCACCCCAGAUGAAGAGGCUGAACUGCUGGACGUGAAGGUGAAAUGUCUCAACAAUCUGGCAGCCUCUCAGCUUAAACUGGACCAUUAUGAGGCAGCCCUGAAGUCCUGUAACCUUGUUCUGGAGCACCAGCCAGGGAACAUCAAGGCACUUUUCCGAAAGGGCAAGGUCCUGGCCCAGCAGGGUGAGUACAGGGAGGCCAUCCCCAUCCUAAAGGCGGCUUUGAAGCUGGAGCCUUCAAACAAGACCAUCCAUGCUGAGCUCUCAAAGCUGGUGAAGAAGCACGCGGACCAGAAGACAGUGGAGACAGAAAUGUACAGGAAGAUGCUUGGGAAUCCCAGCACCGGCAGUGCCCCGGUGAAGUGCAAAGACAAGCUGACCUGGUCCAUCCCCUGGAAGUGGCUCUUCGGUGCGACAGCCAUCGCGCUUGGUGGCGUGGCUCUAUCUGUGGUCAUCGCUGCAAGGAACUGAGGACAGCGGUGGGGAGCCCGGCGCUGGGAUGUGCCUCACUCCUGCCAGAGGCAUCCAUGGGGCUCUGCUCCCCUCCCCGUUCUUUGUGGACUCACAGAUGCUCUCCUGGCAGGAGGUACCACGUCCCCCCUACCCUGACCACCACCUGGACCCCCAAACGUCGUCCUGUUGGGGACAGAGCCGCAGGCAAAGCAGAAACCCCCCGCAGCCCUGAAUGCAUCAGGAGCAGCCUGACCUGCGAGUGCUGCACGCAGUGACUGUCCCCAGCAGCGUGUCCCAGGGAGGAUGCAGCAAGCCCGGGCACUGCUGUGCUCCUGGGGCUGCUGGAGGAAGCUGGCUGGAUGUGAGCCUGUUCUAAGGGACGCGGGGUGCCUGGAGCACGUGCAAUGAGAUCCCCCUGAGCUGGGGAAGCUGCUGGGGAGCCCCAGCUCUGCCGUCCCGCUCCCCCCUCAGCAUUUCCUCAUUGUGCAAUGCCCACAGAGAGCCAAAGAACCCCAUGGAGUGAAGGACACGAAGCAUCAUAGCAGUGUCCUGGCUGAUCCUGUAGGUCCGGCCCUGCGGGGUCCCCCUUCUGCCCUGCAGCUCCCCCCAGCCAUGGGCCCACAGCCGCCAGCCCCGCUCUCAGCUCUACUCCCAGGGGCCGUACGCACUGUCGUCCCCCACCCUGAACCGACUGUGAACUCCCAAUAAAGGACAAUUCGUGCA